AUGAAGCUGUCCACUGCCAUCGCCUCUCUCGCCGUUGCCGGCUCCGCCGUCGCCGCCCCUCCGGCCGGGUCCAAGCCGUUCCAGAUCAUGUCCCUGCGCUCCGCCAGCCCGAUCCAUUUCGGUCAGGUCAGCGCCUCCAAGAGCAACAUCUUCCUCAACGCGCAGAAGCAGGACGCCGUUUGCGAGGUCAAGGACAAGUCCAAGGCCCCGACCGAGGCCACCUUCUACAUCAAGGACGAAGUCCUCUACUUGUACACCGGCAAGGGACCGGUCCAGAAGGCCUUUGUCGACCGGUCCGGCAUGGGCCAGGGCAAGCUCGGCUAUCUCAGCGGCAAUGGCCCCCUGCCCCCUCGUUUCGAGGACAAGGGCUGGAAAGUCGACAAGGCGGGCGAUCUGAACUUCAAUGGCAAGAAUCUCAUUGCCUGCCCCGGCUCCAAGAACGGCCCCUGGACCGUCUGGGUUGCUACCGAUAACCUCACCCCUGGCGGCAACAAAGGUUGCCUGGGCUUUUCCGCCCGCACCCUCCCGUCCGAGAACCCUGUUCGCUGCAGGUACAGUCAGUAG